CGGGCAGUUGGCCGGAAGUGGGGCUGUGAGGGGCAGGUGUACCUGGAGAAGUCGCCGUGUAGCCGCGCUCCGCGGGGUCUGUGAUCUGUGAUUGCGGUGUCCGUGCAGGCCGGGCCCAGUUGAGGGUCCAUGUUGCUAAGAAGUCUGGAAUAUGAAUGCACAAGUCACCAGGGAGGCCAGACAAGGAGGCACAAAGUGCUACUCAGGCUGGCAAUAAAAAGAAUUUCACGUGGAUGGACUGAAUAGUCUUCGUAAAUAUUCUCUAAAAUUGGAUUUUGGCUAUUUCUGAUGCUUGGAAGCUAUCCUUUCGGCCACAAAGAUGGUAAUAAAUCUUUGCCUCCCACAGUUCAGACCAAGAAUUUACUGCAACAAGAUAUCAGCUGAUGGCUAUGAAGUAGAAAAUCUCAUCUCUGAAGACCUCACGAAGAGAAGUCGUGGUUUUAGGACGGAGUAUUUUAUUAAGCCACCUGUCCACGUGACUGUUUCCUUUCCCUUCAGUGUGGAAAUCUGUAGGAUUAACAUAGACCUCUCAGCUGGGGGAGGCCACAAUGUGACUGGCCUGGAAAUGUACACGUCCGCCUCAGCCAGCAGAGCAUCUUGGAAUGCCCCUGAGUGCCAGACCCUGGGCCCAGCUGAGCCGUCCCUCCCGGACAAGGAGGCGUUCACCUUCGUAGGCAAAGUCUUGUUGAAAAACCAAAACCAAGUGGUGUUUAGCCACAGGGGCUUCAAGGCCAGGCCACCAUUUGGCCUGAUGGAAGCCACACUCCCCUCCCCCGCUGUUGUGGCCCAGGAGCUCUGGAAUAAAGGACCUCUUUCCCUUAAUCACGUGGCCCAUCUCAAGAUCUGUAUCACCCACGUGACGGGCAGUGGUAUCCCGGGCAUCAGACGGUUGGAAGUGUGGGGUCAGCCCAACAAAGCCUGCUCCCCGGAGGUAAUAGGUAGUGUCCUGCUGGUUGCUUCCAAAACCCUCUCCCAGGACUUGGCUCUGCAGGUCCCGGCCUUGCCCAUGGAGAGUGACUGUGACCCCGGGGGGGAGUCUGGGGGCCGGCAGGCCCCCUCCAGCCUACAGGAGCUGGCUGAGGUAUUUCAGGAUGUGCCUGAGGAGUUCCUGGAUCCCAUCACCUUGGAGAUCAUGCCUUGCCCCAUGCUGCUGCCCUCAGGCAAGGUCAUCGACCAGGCCACACUGGAGAAGUGUAACCGCAGUGAAGCCACGUGGGGCCGAGUGCCCAGUGACCCUUUCACCGGGGUAGCCUUUACUCCACACUCCCAGCCCCUGCCUCACCCCUCCCUGAAGGCCCGCAUCGACCAAUUCCUGCUCCAGCAUUCCAUCCCUGGCUGCCACCUGCUUGGGAGAGCGCAGGCUACGGGGGCAUUGACCCCUUCUUCCAUUGCUCUGCCAUCUCGGAAAAGGAAGAUGGAGCAGGCUGAAUAUGCCCCCAACAGUAGCCUUGACGUAAAUGCUUCCUGUUUUUCUACCACAAGCCUGGUCUCACCCACUACCUCAGAGCACACUGCUAAGAAAAUGAAAGCUGCCAAUGAGCUCGGUCUGACACACAUGGACUGCUCAACAGAGCCAGUGUCCCAUGAGCAGAAGCUGUCACAAAGCUUGGAAAUUGCCUUGACAUCUACCCUUGGCUCCAUGCCCUCCUUCACGGCGCGGCUGACCAGGGGACAACUCCAGCACCUCGGCACAAGGAGGACCAGCACUUCCUGGAGGGCAGGCACUGGCCCGGAGCAGCCUGGGAGUGUCCUGGGUCCCGAGUGUGCCUCCUGCAAAAGAGUCUUUUCUUCCUACUUCAAAAAGGAGCCGGUGUACCAGCUUCCCUGUGGCCACCCCCUGUGCCGGCCCUGCCUGGGUGAGAAGCAGCGCUCCCUGCCCAUGACGUGCACAGCCUGCCAGCAGCCUUUCGCCAGCCAGGACGUGCUGCGGGUCCACUUCUGAGUGACUGGCCUCAACCCGAGAAGACUUAUUCCUGGGAGGAGCAGAGUGGGGGUCACAGCUCCCUGGGGUCUGGCCAGGCCCCAGGCACAGAGGGGCCUCUUCGUUCCCGAGGGCUUUCCCUUUAUUGCCUCCCGCAGUGUGGCACAGGCCCUGGAGGCGGCACUCCACUCCAGCUCAAGUGGCAAUAGGAUAACAAAGCCAUACUUGGGGCUGGGAGGCUGGGGGAGAUGUUGCUGCCCUCCUGUACCUCCCUGCCACCCCCUUUCUGCCAGAGCUACAGCCAGCCCCCCCCCCAAUUAUUUGCAUACACACACACACACACACGUGUGCAUGUGGGGGGGGCUCCCCCAUCCUGCAGGGUGGAUGUACAUGGAGCACAAUAGUCUGGCUCGGGGUCUCAGAGAGCCUCUGUCUUCAGUAUCAUCCAAACGUGGGGUGAAUGACUCAGCCCCCGACCGGCAGGCAGCGUGGAGCCUCAAUAAAGUGAUUGUUGGCAUCGGC